AAACAACCGACCCAGGAGAAGAAAAAAAAGGGGCAAAGGACAAAUAGUCUUUGGCUGGCGCCACCCAAGAGCAAGCUAGCCUUUUUGCCAGUCUAGAAUUCAGACAGAACAACCCCAAGGAUAUUUUACCCGUAUCAAGAUCAGACACGGGCGCAUUUCAGCGGCCAUAUGACAAUUCUCUCUCACGCAUGCAUACCUACCUCUUCCAGUUAUACGAUAAAGCCGGUCAAGUCACAGAAAAUGGGCCCAUAUGCACCCACCAGAGCCAUUUGCCCCGCGUCGAGAGUGAGCCAUUCAAAAAUGACUGUACGACUCACGUUUCCCUCAAGAGCGACAUCGGUCCAGCGGUACCAAACAAACAAAUGGCUAAGAAGCCAGAAGCAGGUUUGGGUUUUUUGCCAGGACGAUCAUGUCGCGUGUACGGAGUAG